CUCCAACUCCGACGUCACGCAGUUAAAGUUUUGUACACAAACAGGAGACGGUUGUUCUUCAAGUAGCCAACGCCGAACCCGGAACCGCGAGGCGCCUCCGCCGGGCCAGCGUCCCUGUCUGCGGGUCUCGGCUGCCACAGUGAGCCGGGAGCUUCUGAGAGACUGAGACUGACAGACCCUGAGCAGCCGCGGCGAUGCGGAGGUGUCGGGGGCCGGGCGGCUAGCGGGGACAGCUAAAGUUAGCCUCGGAGCAGCGGCUCGUCAGCGGGCGUCUGUCCGGCCGAGGGGCGCACCUCCCCGGGCAGCCGGACUCUUCACAGCGGCGCGGUGUUAGCGAGCCUGGCCGGCAGGAUGGGAGACGGCGGCGGACUCCACGGGGACCUGAACGCCAACCCGAGCUGCCGAGCCACCGGCGACCCGCAGCUCGACCAGGCGGCGCAGCUGUGGCUAACCUGGGACAAGAACCCACAGACCCGGGCUCAGCUGGAGGCUCUGCUGGCGUCCCGGCGGCUCGACGAGCUUCGCUCUCGUCUCUGCAGCAGGAUGAGCUUCGGCACCGCCGGCCUCCGAGCGCCCAUGGGCGCCGGCUUCUCCCGCAUCAACGACCUGACCGUCAUCCAGUCCACACAGGGUCUGUACAGUUACCUGUGCAGGUGUUUUCCAGAUGUGUCCAGCAGGGGGCUCGUGGUGGGCUUCGACACCAGAGGCCAGGAGGAGAGCGGCUGCUCCAGCCAGCGGCUGGCCAGGCUGACGGCGGCUGUGAUGCUGAGUAAAGACAUUCCUGUGCGGCUGUUCUCCUCAUACGUUCCCACACCGUACGUGCCGUACGCCGUCAGGAAGUUCGGGGCGGCGGCCGGCGUGAUGAUCACCGCCUCGCACAACCCCAAAGAGGACAACGGCUACAAGGUGUACUGGUGCAAUGGCGCUCAGAUCUCCUCGCCCCACGACAAGGAGAUCCUGCGGAGCAUCGAGGAGCAGCUGGAGCCGUGGAGCGCCUCCUGCUGGGAGGAGGAGCUGGCCGGGCACUGCUCCUUGAGGACCGACCCCCUGCAGGAGGUCAACAGCAGCUACAUGGAGGAGCUGAACUCCCUCUGCUUUCACAGGGAUCUUAACGCCAGCAGUCCGCUGAAGUUCGUGCACUCGUCGUUCCACGGCGUCGGUCACGUCUUCGUGCAGCAGGCCUUCAGGACGUUUGGCUUCGCCCCGCCCAUCCCCGUCCCCGAGCAGAGAGACCCCGACCCCAACUUCUCCUCCGUCCGCUGCCCCAACCCCGAGGAGGGCGAGGCCGUCCUGGAGCUUUCUCUGCGUCUGGCGGAGAGAGAGAACGCCACUGUUGUGCUGGCGACCGACCCCGACGCAGACCGCCUGGCGGUGGCCGAGCAGAGCGGCGGGUGCUGGAAGGUGUUCUCAGGGAACGAGCUGGCCGCGCUGCUGGGCUGGUGGAUGUUCUUCAACUGGAGGGAGAGUCACCCGGAGCCCGCCGACGCCCAGAGCGUCUACAUGCUGGCCACCACCGUCUCCUCCAAGAUCCUGCAGGCCUUCGCUCGUAUUGAGGGCUUCCACUUCGAGGAGACGUUACCUGGCUUCAAAUGGAUCGGGAAGAGAAUGCACGAGCUCGCCAAAACCGGCAACCUGAUGCUCUUCGCCUUUGAGGAGUCGAUCGGGUUCCUGUGCGGCAGCCUGGUGCCCGAUAAGGACGGCGUGAGCGCGGCGGCGGUGGUGGCUGAGCUGGCGGCCUACCUUCACAGCAGGAACCUGACGCUGAACCAGCAGCUGCACAACAUCUACCAGACGUACGGUUAUCACGUCUCCAAAACGUCUUACGUCAUCUGCAACGACCCGCCCACCAUCCAGAAGAUCUUCAGCCGGAUCCGUAACUUUGACGGCGAGGGUUCGUACCCGAAGACGUGCGGCGGCCACAACGUCCUGCACGUGAGAGACGUGACCACGGGAUACGACAGCAGCCAGCCCGACCACAGAUCUGUGCUCCCGGUGACGAAGAGCAGCCAGAUGAUCACCUUCACGCUGCAGAACGGGGUGGUGGCCACGCUGAGGACCAGCGGCACCGAGCCAAAGAUCAAAUAUUACAGCGAGCUGUGUGCGGCGCUGGGAAACAGUGACAUGGCGGGCCUGCAGGAGGAGCUGCAGAGCGUCACUCAGGCUCUGCUCGACGACUUCCUGGAGCCCGACAGGAACAACCUGAUUCGCCGCUUUGUCUAGCCCCGCCCAUGCCUGCCACGUGUACCCAUCAGCCCCUGCUCCUCGCCGCCCUGCUGUGUUUAGAUCUGAGUGUCCUGCCCGCCGCGCAGCAGAGAGCAUGAUGGGAAAGACGGACAGAAUCUCCCGCUCGCUUCCUGUUUGUGUCAGAUAUUUCUUUUCCUGGUCUUAGUGGCUUUUCAUUGGUUGGAGUGGGUUUGAUUGACAGGAGGCGGAGCCACAGAGAAGGUGAGCUGUUGGUUUAAAGCAGUGAUGUUCAAAGUGAGGACCGCGGCCCCCAGGGGCCCGGCAUGGAGAGCAGGCGUCAGGAACGACAGGUAGAAAAACAGAUGUGGGUGAAACGGCAAAAACACUUUGAGGCUUUAAGGUGGAGCGGUGACGCGGCGUGGCGUCCGGCGGGCCGCAGCUUCGCCUCGGCUCCUUCUGCCAAACAGAAACACGACCCGCCGUCUGCAGGCCGCCUCCACUGAGCUCAGUCGGGGCGACUGCACGAGCGACGGCGUCAGAAAAAAACUCUGAAUUUCUGAGAUUAAUCUCAUAAAUUUACGGGAG